AUGCCAACGCUUGUAGCAGAGAAGCAAAGAAUAAAGGAUCUACUCCAGAUGGAGCUUGAUGAUAGCCAGUUUGAAAGGACCCUGUUUGACUUUGGGCUGGAGCUAGAUGGUGUCACGGAAGAGGAGGGAAAAGCUGUGUACAGAAUAGAUAUUCCAGCAAACCGAUAUGAUCUCCUCUGCACAGAAGGACUUUGCUAUGCAUUGAAAGCGUUUCUCUCGAUAGAAAAGUAUGAAGAUAUAGAGGUUAAGGAAGGGGAGAUUAUUGUUUAUAAGGCUGGGGGAGAAGAAAGGCCAUGCAUAGCUUGUGCAGUUGUCAAAGGAGUGGAUCUUCUAUCUGAGGGCGCCUACAAAAGCUUUAUUGAUUAUCAGGACAAGCUUCACCUGACUAUUGGGAGAAAUAGAACAUUAGUAUCAAUGGGAACACACGACCUUGACAAAAUCCAAGGGCCUGUGUUCUACAAGAGUGAGGUACCAGAUAAGAUUAUAUUCAAGCCUUUGAAUGGAGAUAAGGAAAUGAGUGCCCAGGAAUUAGGCACCUUCUUUCCUCCUGGAAGUAAAAUAGGGAAGUAUAUGAAGCUUAAUGAGAAGAAUGAGAAGUAUCCUUACUUCUCUGACUCUAAGGGGACUGUCUUGUCACUGCCUCCAGUAAUAAACUCCGACGCAACCAAGAUAAGUCCGGAAACCAAAAAUAUAUUCAUCGACAUAACAGGGACCGACUUCCACAGGGUUAAUACGUCAUUGAAGCUGCUACUGGCGUGCUUCCGAGGAAAGAGAAUAGAAAGCGUUGAGAUUCGGGAUGGAGACAAAAGGACUAGGACGCCGGUCAUGUACAACCAUUCGUAUACAAUUGGACUGGAAGAGAUUAAUAAGAAGCUGGGACUGGAUAUAUCGUUGGAGGUGGCAAGGGGAUAUAUGGAGAAGAUGAUGCACUGUGCAAGUGUAGUCAAUGAAAAUACUCUUAGGGUUAAAGUGCAUGAUGUCAGGUCAGAUGUCAUCCACAAAUGUGAUUUGAUAGAAGAUGUAGCUGUUGCUCAUGGGUUCAAUAACUUUAAGAGAGAAUUACCCUCUCUUUUCACUGUUGGGUCUGAGGUUCCUUUGAAUAGGUUCUCUGAUAAGCUCCGAGUAGAGGUCUCUAUGAUGGGGUUUGACGAGGCCUUGACUCUUACCCUUUUGUCCCAUGAGGAAAAUAUAAUCGAUGCAGAUCGAGGAGUUGUCCUCAUGAAUCCAAAGUCUGCUGGCUAUGAGAUGUGUAGGACAUCUCUUAUUCCAGGAUUGAUGAAGACGGUUGCCUCGAAUCUACAUAUGAAAAUUCCCUUUAGGUUAUUUGAGAUCUCAGACAUUGUUCUUCUAGACAAAGAAAACGAGUGUGGGGCAAGGAAUUCAAGAAGACUUGCAAUCCUGUACUCCGGACAUUCUCCAUGCCUUGAAGAGAUCCAAGGCUCCUUGUCUCUUCUCUUAGAAAAGUGUGGAAUGCAGCCUUCAUACAGUCCCUAUGACGAUCCUGUUAGAUAUCUCAAGAAUCAAGGUGCAUUGGUAAUUGUAAGAAACAUUGUCAUCGGGUCAAUAGGAGUAUGCAACCCAGAAAUAUGUAGAACUUUCAAGGUCCCAUACGCAGCAUCCUUCCUUGAAAUAGAUAUUGAAAAGUUAUUUUCUGUCUACACAGAAGUGAAUUAA